UCGGCAGGUAUUUUUUACAUUUUUGUACGGAGUUUCAAAGUUGAAACAUUACGGCAUCAUGUCGAGAUAAAAAAUAUGUCAUCGUAGCUAUACUUUUGUUAGAUACUGUAUGUUAAACUCUGUAUUUGUAUGUACACACACGGAAAGAAAAGCAUAGAAAAUCUGGAGCGGUAGACUCACUCGCAAACUUUCUCCGUCAUCUGUUCACUCCGGCCACAUGUUUACAAUCACAAAGUUGCAAAUCAAGUAAAAUAAGCAAAAUGGAUACCGAUAUCGACACCCAGGAGGAUGUCAAACCCGACUUAUCGGAAAUUCGGAAUAAAAAUACUUCCCACGAAUCCAUAAAUUCAUCUCCGUUCGCAGAUUCGGACCAGAUCGAAACAGCACAACGUCACGAUAAGAUAACCCCCCGAGGAAAAAGAAAAUUGUCGCCGGAUGGUCGCCCCAUAGCAGAAUUUAGCACGACGAGAGGGGGACAUUGGGGGUGUGGACUUUGCAAUGGCAACUGUUCCUCGUACCAAGGCCUGGUCACCCACAGCUUAAAAAUCCACGGUUCCUCCACGCCACAAGUACGGGUUCGGAAAUAUCCUCCCCGCAAGAAUCGACCGAGGUAUCUCCUGUACCGGGUGAACUACCCGAAUUAUUGCGACGACGAGGCACCACCUCCCCCAGAAGAAGAUGGCCCUCCCCCCACCCUUCAAGGGGACGACGACGCUGCUGCCCCAGAGGUAAAAAAAUGUCCCACGUGUGACGAACAAUUUCGGUCUGAAUUCCUUUACAAUCGACACCGGGAAAAGCACGCACACGCAAACUGGUCGUGUUUCCAGUGUUCCGCCACCUUCGUGGCGAAGGCGGCCCUCACCCAGCACGAGGGGAGGAUGCACCCUUCCCUUCCCCCGGGGGAAAUAUUUACCUGUGAAAUAUGUAAAGUUGGUCAUUCUUCGAGGGACGGGUUGAAAACUCAUCAGCGCCAGAGACACGGCGUCGGGGCGAAUUCACUGAUCGUGUCUUCGAUUAAGAGAGAUGACGGAGAAGGUCCACGUGGCGACGAGAUUGACUCGGACGAUGAGAGAUUUCUGGAUGAAGUGGAGAAAGAAGGAGAGGCGAAGGUCAAGGUGGAGAUAGAGGUCAAACGAGAGGGGGAAGAUGAAAUUGAUGGUGACCUCGACACGACUUCGUGGGAUUUCGAUGUCAAAGUUGAAUCAAAUAUCGACAUUUCAAGAUUUUAUGACGAAUAAUGUUUACGUAUUUUAACGCUGAUUAGAUAAAUACGUAUUUUAUUAGUUCCAAACUUUGCAUUUUUAAAACUUGGCUUUUUAUGCUUAAAUAUUUAGUAGUUAAAUAUUUUGUACAAAUUGAGCCUCCUUAACAAGACAAUUUUUACGUUUUUCUGAAAUACAAAACCUCUUGUAAUGUGAACUUUUAUUCUGAUGGAUAAAGUUGAGGUGACGAGCAUGUAAAAAAUAAGUUACAAAAGUCAAACUAUGUUCAUACAAUUUUAAAUGUUAUAACAUCACACCACACUUACACAAUUUGUCCUGAUAAAAUUUUUUGAUAACUUUUUAACCCUUUCCUUCGUAACGAUGGAUAUAUCCGUCCCCGGAUUUCGAACGUUGCUGCGGAACAAUGGAAAUAUCCGUCGUCAUAAACUUGGCGUUGUGACGGAACAGUGGAUAUUUCCAUCCUUAUUUCCAAGGCGUUGCGAUGGAGCAACGGAUUUAUCCGUUGUCUCAAAAUUCGGCAUAGAUACGGAAAGAAGGAAAUAUCCUUUCUUUUGGUCUCUGACUUUAUUGCGUAGUGAAGGAUAUUUCCUCUCAUUGAAAAAAUAUUUUUUCCAUGGAUUUACACAUCUUGAAAAAAAUUCGGUUUUUAGCCCGAGUCAGGGGUUGUGUACCUGCUUUGUCCGGUGUGUCUCUGCCUGUCUGGUUAUCAAUAACUCUCGUAAAUCUAUCCUAUCGACUUUAAAUUUUGUACUAUUACUUUGUCAUUUUUAAUUUUCCGAAAUUUGAAGUUGAUAGAAUAAGUUUCAAGAAGGUCAAGACGCAAGACGGACGGAUGGACAACACGGGUACAUAAGUCCUGGGUCGGGCUAAAAUGUCUCCAUGAUUACGUCAUUUUUGAAAUGAAAUGCCUAUACAGAAAGUUGAAUAAUUUUGGAAAUAUAUCCAUGGAAUGUAUCACUGAAAUUUACAUUUGUUCCGUGAUAAAGUUUGGUAAUUCAAAAAUUGCUACGCCACAAGCUAUGGUUGUGAGGCGUUGCUAUUCCGCAGCAACGGGGUAUUUUUGAGAAUUCUCUUACGAAGGAAAAGGUUAAAGCGUGAAUUUCACAUAUACGUGGGUUUUUUAUUAUUGAUUUUCAAAAUGUAUGUUCCGCACUAUUUCUGACCAAAAUUUUGAUGAAAUAACAAACUUCAAAUACAUUUACAAGGGUGUGAUUUUUUUUAGCUCUUUACGUCAGCACAAACACUGGCAAUAAAUCAUCCAACUUUACCUCGAAAA